GCCUUGCUGGCGGGAAAGCUACGAAAAUCUGGGAUUCUAAACGAAUCAAAAUUACAAGGGCCAUGGAUUGUCAAAGGGAAAAGAGAGAGAGCAGAGAGCAUCCAUCCGAUUCAAGGCCACACUCAUGAGUACUCUCAUGGACGUCCUUCGCCACCGGCCGGGAUGGGUGGAAGUAAAGGAUGAAGGGGACUGGGAUUUCUACUGGUGUGACGUCAGCUGGCUCCGGGAGAACUUUGACCACAUCUACAUGGAGGAACACGUGCGAAUCAGUCACUUCCGAAACCACUACGAGCUGACCCGCAAAAACUACAUGGUGAAGAACCUGAAGCGGUUCCGGAAGCAGCUGGAGCGCGAGGCAGGGAAGCUGGAGGCAGCCAAGUGCGACUUCUUCCCCAAAACCUUUGAGAUGCCGUGUGAGUACCACCUGUUCGUGGAGGAAUUCCGCAGAAACCCGGGGAUCACCUGGAUCAUGAAGCCUGUAGCCCGGUCACAGGGAAAGGGCAUCUUCCUCUUCCGGAGGCUGAAGGACAUCAUGGACUGGAGGAAGGGUACUGCCGGGAAGAAGCUCACCAGCUCAGAGGCCCAGCCAGCCCGGGGCACUGUCAAUCCGUGUGGCGGCCAUGACGCAAGAGGUUCUGAUGACCAGAGGGAUGAAAUCCCCGUGGAGAACUACGUAGCUCAGCGCUAUAUCGAAAAUCCCUACCUCAUUGGAGGCCGCAAGUUUGACCUGCGCGUCUACGUGCUGGUGAUGUCGUACCUCCCGCUGCGGGCCUGGCUGUACCGGGAUGGCUUCGCCCGAUUCUCCAACACCCGCUUCACACUGAGCAGCAUUGAUGACCAGUAUGUGCACCUCACCAACGUCGCUGUGCAAAAGACCUCUCCUGACUACCAUCCGAAGAAGGGCUGCAAGUGGAUGCUGCAGCGCUUCCGCCAGUACCUGGCGUCCAAGCACGGGCCAGAGGCAGUGGAGACGCUCUUCAGCGACAUGGACAACAUCUUCAUCCGGAGCCUGCAGAGCGUGCAGAAGGUGAUCAUCAGUGACAAGCACUGCUUUGAGCUGUAUGGCUAUGAUAUCCUCAUAGACCAGGACCUCAAACCGUGGCUCCUAGAGGUCAAUGCAUCCCCAUCGCUGACAGCGAGCAGCCAGGAGGACUAUGAGCUCAAGACCUGCCUCCUGGAGGACACCCUGCAUGUCGUGGACAUGGAGGCCAGGCUCACAGGAAGGGAGAAGCGAGUGGGAGGCUUUGACCUCAUGUGGAAUGAUGGCCCUGUCAGCAGAGAAGAGGGGGUUCCUGACCUGUCGGGGCUGGGGAAUUUUGUGACCAACACACACCUCGGAUGCGUCAAUGAUCGGAAAAACCAGCUGAGGCAGCUCUUCCGCUCCCUUCAAAGCCAGAAGAAAGCUUCCAGUUAAUCCCCGUGGGGAGGAAAGUGACCCUGGGAGGUGCCACUGGUCCUCUUCCCGCUCUUUCCAGCACAGCAGCACCUUGGAGCACUUGCCUCCCUCCCUCUGGCCGGGCAGCUCUGCUUGUCCCAGACCCCCUGGACGCCCCCACCACACCCCAGCCGCCUCUGCACCAGGAGACGGCCAGUCCCUGGGACUGGAGGUGCUUUGACCUUGAGGGAUUCGCUUGGCCAUCAGGCCCGACAAGGACACCGGCAGCAGGUUCUAAUAAAUGAGCACAGGCCUUA